GAGACAGUUGUUUCGAUUUCGAAGAAAUUCGCAUUGCAUUAUGGUUUACGAAAAUAAUUAAAUAUAGCAAGUGCAACCAAGAUCAACAACUUUAAUGACCAAAAACAGCUUUUAAAUUAAUUUCUUGAUUAAAGAUUUUUAUGCUGCAUUUUUAUUCGACACAAUUAAACUGCAAAGUUAUUAAAAAACAGAAUUUUUUUCUUUUUCAAUACCACGGUCGCGUAUUCUUCAUUGAGGCUCAAAAAGGAGAACAAUCUUUCACCUCCGGCGACUGUGACUUUCGUUUUGGCAAAUAAAUCUUUUCUGGAUAUUCAAGUAAAAAUUUUGUUGCAUUUAAACGAAACGAAAAAACGAAAACAAACGAAAACGUAAUAUUCUCAGUGCAUAUACCAGCUAACUAUAGCUACACUCUGACUGUGGAUAAGUAGCCAAUAUUAGUAAAGCUAUAGAGUAUAUACGCGCACAUGACUGACGUCGGUCGUCCAUUACAGGCGUGAAGCUACAACUUUAAAAGUUAACAUAAGUAACAUAAGUGUGGUUUUGAUCUAUGUGUUACAGAUGUUAGAGAAUCUACAUUGCUUUAAAAUGGGGCAUUCAUAUGAUUUGCAAUUAAUUGACUGGGUGUAACUGUGUGAAGAGCAGGAAGCUUGGCUGUAAGCACAGAUGGGAGAUUGGGACUGAAUCCACGGUUAUUAUGCAACACAUUCUUAGCACAAGUGGCCCAUAGCGUUUUAAGCCAGGAAAUAAACAAGUUGACAACAAUGGCAAAUGCUUUCCGAAAGCUAACCUUAUUAUUGUGGAAAAACUUUAUUCUCCAGAUCAGAAGACCAAUUGGCACAGCUGUAGAAAUCUUAUUGCCUUUUGGAUUACUCGCUUUGUUGAUACUAGGAAGAAAAAAUAUUCAUGAAAGCGAGGAGUGUUUUCGAGCAUUCGAUUUGAAUGAUGUUCGUAAAUUUGAUCCAAUAACUAUCCAGUUUCCUGAUGGAAAGGCUUCUGAUGUAGAUAAGAUCGCAUACUAUCCAAUAAAUACAAAGACUACGGAAAUCUUACAAUAUGCUGCCGAUUCACUCAGUCUUAACCUGGCAAAUAAAAGUCAAGAUGGAAAGCGUUUCACUUCUGAAAAAGAGGUUUUAGAUGAAGCAAAAGAGCUGGAAUUAGAAUACCUUUGUGCAAUAAUUUUUAAAAAUGUGGAAGAAUCUAAGAGCCUUCCAAAAAAUGUUGAAUAUUCCAUCAGAUUUCGCCAUUCUGCAAAUACAAGAUCGACAUGGCGCACCCAUUGGGUGUACCCGUUCUUUCAAGCAGCAGGACCUAGAAAAGAAACGAGCUCUUAUUUCAAGUUCAUUGGCUUACAGCAUUUAGUCGAUACUGGCAUUAUUCAGAUGCAAACAGGGAAAAAUUAUACAGCACCUCGCCACAUACAGCAAUUUCCAUAUCCUGAUUAUGUUGUGGAUAAUUUCAUACUGCUGAUACAAGGUGUCAUGGCACUUAUAUUUGUACUUGCUUAUAUGUACACUGCUGUUAUGAUUGUAAAAGAGCUUGUAGCAGAGAAGCAGUUCCGCUUGAAGGAAAGUAUGAAAAUGAUGGGGCUUGCAAAUUGGAUUCAUUGGACAGCCUGGUUUUUGAAGACAUUGGCUUUCCUUUUAAUUAGUGUUAUUCUUCAAACAAUUUUACUAAAGGGCGGCGACAUUCUGACUUAUACAACGGGAGGCAUUGUGUUUUUCUUUUUAUUUCUAUACAUACUGGCAUCAAUAUUCUUUUUGUUCUUCAUCAGUGUUUUAUUCUCCAAUGCUGUUCGUGGAAUGUUGUUUGCUGCUGUUAUUUGGUUUGGUUCUUUGGGUCCGUACUUAUCAUUCCAGGAUCCUGAAAAAUUUGAGGAACUAUCUGGUGGUAUGAAAGCAGCAUCCUGUCUCUUACCAAAUUCCUGUCUUGGUAUUAUGAUUCAUAUAAUAUCUCAACGCGAAUCUUCACAGGUCGGAGUAACAUGGGAUAAUCUUUCUGAAAAUACAUCUGUUGAUGAUAACUAUACACUUGGUCAAGCAUUUGGCAUGCUUAUCUUUGACUGUAUUCUGUAUGGCAUAUUAACUUGGUAUAUUGAAAAUGUUUUUCCUGGAGAGUUUGGCAUACCUCAGCCUUUCUACUUCCCUUUCCUACCAUCAUACUGGUGUGGAGCAAAAAAAGAGUCACGUGUUAACAGUAAUAGUGAUAUUAAUGGAAGUAAUAAGUACGCUGGAAAUCUUAAUUUUGAACCGGAACCUCAAAAUGUUAAAAUUGGAGUACAGAUCGAAGACUUGAGAAAAGUCUUCAAGGGGGCUGCUGGUAAAAAAGUUGCCGUUGAUGGUUUAAACUUGAAUAUGUAUAAAGGACAAAUCACAGCCUUGCUUGGUCACAAUGGAGCUGGUAAAACAACAACAAUGUCAAUUUUGACUGGCUUAUUUCCACCAUCAAGUGGAAAAGCUUACAUAAAUGGCCAAAGUAUAGAGUCUGACAUGGCUGGCAUAAGAGAAAGCCUGGGAUUAUGUCCACAACAUAAUGUUCUCUUCGAUCGUUUAACUGUUAAAGAGCAUUUAGAGUUCUUUUCUGCAUUAAAGGGCGUCCCUAAAAAAAAUGCUCAAGAUGAGAUCAAACAAAUGAUUACUGACAUUCAGCUUGAAGAUAAAGCACAACAACAAUCUUCAACACUUUCUGGUGGAAUGAAACGAAAACUAAACUGUGCAAUUGCUUUAAUUGGUGGUUCGGAAACUGUUUUCCUUGAUGAACCGACAUCUGGAAUGGAUCCGUAUGCAAGACGUGCAACUUGGGAUUUGCUACAGAAAUAUCGUGGAAAUAAGACAAUAGUAUUAACAACUCAUUUUAUGGAUGAAGCUGAUUUUCUAGGUGAUCGUAUAGCUAUAAUGGCGGAUGGUGAACUACGCUGUUGUGGGUCUUCUUUAUAUUUAAAGAAAAGAUAUGGGGUUGGGUACCAUAUGACUUUGGUGAAAGGCCAAAACUUUCAAGAAAACAAAACUAGAUCUUUAAUAUCUGAAGCAAUCCCAUCCGCGAAACUGGUUGGAAAUGUUGGCUUAGAAAUGAGCUAUAUUUUAGAAGAGGAAAGUACUGGCUUGUUUAAAGGGCUUUUUGAGGAAUUGGAAGAAAAGAAGGAUGAUUAUGGCAUCAGUAGUUUUGGUAUAUCUGUCACAACAUUAGAAGAAGUUUUUUUGAAAGUAGGAGAAGGGGAGACAAUCAGUGUGGAAAAAUUGGAAGAGAAUAAUAAUGACAAAGAACAAUUACAUGUAACUGUAGAUGAUACCCAACAUCAAAUAAGUCGAGAAAGUCUUCUAACUGGUUGUGCUUUAAAGGCGACUCAAUUCAAAGCUAUGUUUAUAAAGCGUUUUCUCAACUCAAAGCGAGAGAAGAAAGCAGUGUUAACGCAAAUUGUUUUGCCGUUGUUAUUGGUUAUUUGUGGACUGGUAUUAUCGAAAUCUUCAAAUAGUCAAGAAGAUGAUAUAUCGAGACAGAUGAGUUUGUCAAUGCUGAAAGGCAAAAGCGAUGUCUUAACUGGAUAUUAUUCGGAUUUUAGUUCUUCUCCACAAAGCUUGAAAAACAGAAUGAAAAAUAUGGCAUCGAACUACUUGAAAUCAGUUCAAGUUGAAAUUGCUGAUCGAACAUCUGAAAUGACAAAAAUUAAACAUGAAAAUAAUGGAAGUAAUGUGAAUUUACUAUACGUGGAAAAUCCUCUGUAUAAGGUCGUCGGUACAGAUAAAAAAGAAUGCUGUGACUAUAAAUAUUUCGUUCUAAACAAAGAGUGUCGAAAAGCUCUGAGAGAUGAAUAUGCUAUGGAAGCCUUGUGUGGUACUACUUCAAAAUCAUUUGGUUAUAGCAAGUGUGCAAAGUCAGCUUUCGAACAAAACAGUGGAAAAUCUUUUAAUAACACUGAUCUGACUGAUUGGAGAACGUAUUUUCAAGAAUAUGUUAUUGAAGACAGUGGAAAAGAAAUAAAGAAUUAUUUCAACGAGAAGGUAGUUGGUAUUAGUGUUGAGGGUGGCAAUAAAAUGGGAGAUGUCCCAGUGACGAUUUGGUAUAGUAGCCAGGCAUUACACACAACAUCAAGUGCAUACAGUGCUGGUAGCAACAUUGUGCUGAAGUAUUACAUGAACGACACUGGUUAUGGUAUCACAACAAAUAAUUAUCCGUUGCCAAGAAAUAGUAGAGAAAAGAGUGAAUUGAACGACAUUAAUGGCAGCAAUCUUGUGUUAGUGAUGUUUGCAACCAUGGCAGCCUCGUUCGUAGCAGCUAGCUUUGUGCCCUUUAUUGUGACAGAGAAAGCUUCCAAAGCUAAACACAUUCAGUUCGUGAGUGGAGUUGAUUCGGUCUCAUACUGGGGUGCAUCAUACUGUUGGGACUUCAUCAACUUUUUAAUACCUGGAAUUGGAAUGGUCAUCCUUUUUGCUGCUUUUAAUCUGGACGAUUACAAAGAAGCUAUUGGGGAAGUGUUUUUGAUUAUUUUACUUUUUGGUUUGUCAGCGUUGCCAUUCAUCUAUCUGAUCAGUUUCUUGUUUCAAAGUGCUUUGAUUGCGUAUGCUGUUAUCUCCUUGCUACUCGUGGUAGCUAGCAUUGCAAUGGUGUUGGCCGUGUUCAUAUGUCGUGUUGUGGACGAGAAAGAUGUGGCAGAUAUAUUACAUUACGUGUUCUUACUAGUACCAACUUAUGCAUUUCCACAAGCCCUUCGCGAUAUAUCCUUAAACGAAGCAGCGCAAAGGGACUGCACAGCAUCUGAAGUUACUAAGAUGGCGUGUGCAAAGAAUGGAGAUGUUUAUUACGACAAUAUUUUGGAAUGGUCACACCCUGGGGUUGGAGUUCAUUGUUUUUACAUGUUUCUUGAAGCAUUGAUAUAUUUCGUCUUAGUUUUGUUAAUUGAGGAAGGCUUCUUUCUGGGGGCGGUUUUUGGUGCCGGAACUUCAACACACUUUCAACCAAAAGCAGAUGAGGAUUCAGAUGUAAGGGAAGAACGAGAAAUGGUGUACAAUUUAUCAGAUGAAUUGUUGAAAGAAUCAGCUGUGGUGGUGAAAGACUUGACUAAGGUUUACAGGACAACUGGAAUGACUGCUGUUGAUCACUUAAGCGUUCGGAUUCCUAAAGCGGAAUGUUUUGGUCUUCUUGGAGUAAAUGGUGCUGGUAAAACUACUUCGUUUGGUAUGUUAACAGGCGAGCUGGCAAUUUCAGAUGGAACUGCUUUUCUUCAUGGAUACAACAUUAAAACACAGCUUAAGCAAGUCCAACAAAGAAUUGGUUACUGUCCUCAGUUCGACGCUUUAGUUGAAAGGCUGACUGGUCGUGAAAUGUUGACAAUGUUUGCACGCUUGCGUGGAAUUCCAUCUCAUCUUAUUGAGGAUGUUGUCAAGUCUGCUAUCGAGCAAUUAAAUCUUGGUAAAUGGGCAGACAAAUUGUGUGGAGACUACAGUGGUGGUAACAAACGUAAACUGAGCACUGCAAUGGCUUUAGUUGGUGAUCCUUCUGUUGUGUUUUUGGACGAGCCUACGUCAGGUAUGGAUCCUGCUUCUAGAAGAUUCUUGUGGGACACUUUGACGUCGGUGGUAAAUUCAGGACGGUCCAUUGUCCUUACGUCUCACAGUAUGGAAGAGUGCGAGGCUCUUUGUACACGUCUUGUUAUCAUGGUGAAUGGACAAUUUAAAUGUAUUGGAAGUAUACAGCACCUGAAAAGUAGAUUUGGGCAAGGAUAUACACUUAUGAUGAAAAUAACGGGUAACCCGAUAAAACCGGAAACCAUAUAUGAUCAACCUAAUCAAAACGAAGUAGGAGUAGCAAAUGCUGCCUAUGAGCAGGGCGAACAACAACAGCAGCAGCAGCAACAUCCGUCAAGCCACGAUUGGUAUAAUCAUGAUAUCGCUUAUAACGUAAAGCAGGCGAAAAAUUUCAUACAAGAAAAAUUUCCAGGCUCUCACCUCAUCGAAGAGAGACAGACCCUGUUACAAUAUCAAAUUAUCAAUCCAGAUUUGCGCUGGUCGCAAAUGUUUGGAACUUUGGAAGAACAUGCGGAACAGCUUGGUAUAAUAGACUACAGUGUGAGUCAGACAUCACUAGAACAAGUGUUUAUAAAUUUCGCCAAAGCUCAACAUUCGGAAGAACGUGUCUUUAAAAAGUCAUGUUGUUCGUGCAGUUGUUUCUAGUAUUUGUGCGUUGGCUACACCGAGUCGUACUACUUCAAAGGGGCAAUAUUUUGGAGAGUAUUGACGUGUAAGACCUGACAAUAUAAAGAGUUUAAGAAGAGUUUAUAUGUAAAUUUUUUACGUUUACAUAGACAUUUUUUAUUUUUUACUGGGUUAUCGUAGGGACGAAGUGCUUGCCACACGUUAAUAACUUUGAAAUCAGACUAGCCUACCAUACUCUGGAAUAAAAGAAUUUUCUUUAGCUAUGGAAUAUUCUUUCGCAGUAGCUGGUUUGCAACCCUUUAAGUACUACCCGUCUCAUAAGUUUUAAUGUUUGGCAAUACUAUUUUUGUGUCUAUCUCUGUUGAUUGUGCCUGAAGAAUUUACUUGUUAAGAAGCUUGACGUACGAAAAUUAAAAUUACGAAAAAACCUUAACCGUGAAAGUGUUAAAAACAGCUAGAAACUUUGUGGAUGGUGGGUUAUUUUAAAAAAUGAUAAAGGAAUACUGUAAGGGAAGAAAGGCAUGGUCGAAAAAAUCGUAAAUUGUGGAACUAAUGAUUGCGAAUUGGCGAUACAGUCAUGGAAUUUGAAAUUGCGAAUUAAAGAUUGAGAUUUGUUCUUUUGAAAAUUUCUUUUGAUGUAAAUAAUUGAAGAGAUUCUCCUGUAAACCUUCAUAUAGCAAUACAACGAGAGAAGUAACUCGUCUUUUUCACAAUAAUUUCUUCUCUUAAGUUAACCCCUUUCUCUUUUUUUUUUAAAUUCUAACCCGACUAACGUUUUUUUACUCGAAUAUUGUUAUAAGAAUUUUUGAAAUCCGCCUUUACUUUGUCGAACAAAUUUUUUUGCCGCGCAAUCUUAUUUGCGAACACUUUGUUCGCGCGAAUUUUUAAAAAUUUCGUUUUUAAAAUAUUUGUAUAUAUUUGCACCAUUAUUAUUUAUUUGUAUAUUUUCACAUUAUUUUGCUGUAAAUAUCAAAAUUUUGGGAAAA